GAAUUCAAGCUACUGUAUGAAGGUAUCCAUGUCUCUUUAUGUGGCUGAGAACGACACAGACCUGUGCUACAACUCUGUGAUGAGACAUACGGAAAAAGCCGAACUCAGCAAGAGCAAAGACAUCACCUGUCCAGACAUAGAGGACUACAUAGAACCUGGGAAAGACCCCGAUAUCACCUGGUUCAAGGUGAGAGACCUGGCUAAGUGUGUGUGUGUGUGCUUAUAAUUGUCCUAUUACACACAUGUACACGUUUCUAUUAAUACGCAUGUGUGAAUUGGAAAUGUGUUUUUUACAUAUCCCAACUCUCCCUGAGACACCCUCAAUGGUGACCCUGGAGCAAUUAGGAUUAAGUGCAUUGCUAAAGGGCACAUCAACAGAUGUUUUUAGUUGUCGGCUUGGGUAUUCAAACCUUCAACCUUUCAGUUACUUCUACCUAGCUCUAACCGCUAGGUAGACAGAGAAACAAACAUGAGGACAGAGAGAGGAACAGAGAGAGGAACAGACAGGGGAACAGACAGGGGAACAGAGAGAGGAACAUACAGGGGAACAGACAGGGGAACAGACAGGGGAACAUAGAGAGGAACAGACAGGGGAACAGACAGGGGAACAAAGAGAGGAACAGACAGGGGAACAGAGAGAGGAACAGACAGGGGAACAGAGAGAGGAACAGACAGGGGAACAGAGAGAGGAACAGACAGGGGAACAGACAGAGGAACAGAGAGAGGAACAUACAGGGGAACAGAGAGAGGAACAGACAGGGGAACAGACAAGGGAACAUAGAGAGGAACAGACAGGGGAACAGAGAAAGGAACAGACAGGGGAACAGAGAGAGGAACAGACAGGGGAACAGAGAGAGGAACAGACAGGGGAACAGACAGAGGAAUAGAGAGAUGAACAGAGAGAGGGACAGAGAGAGGCACCGAAAGAGGAACAGACAGGGGAACAGAGAGAGGGACAGACAGAUGAACAGACAGGGGAACAGAGAGAGGAACAGAGGGCUUUCAGUAACAUAGGAUUCAUUAUUCACACACACUGAUGAGGAGUGAACUCUAACCGCUAGGUAGACAGAGAAACAAACAUGAGGACAGAGAGAGGAACAGACAGAGGAACAGACAGGGGAACAGACAGGGGAACAGAGAGAGGAACAUACAGGGGAACAACAUGGGAACAGACAGGGGAACAGACGGGGAACGCGAGAGGAACAGACAGGGGAACAGAGAAGGAACAUACAGGGGGAACAGAGGAGGAACAGACAGGGGAACAGACAGGGGAACAGAGAGAGGACCAGACAGAGGAACAGACAGGGGACCGAGAGAGGGAACAUACAGGGUAACAGAGAGAGGAACAGACAGGGAACAGCGUAGGGAACAGAGAGAGGUACAGAGAGGAACAGACAUGGGAACAGAGAGAGGAACAGACAGGGGGGAACACGAGAGGAACAGAGAGAGGUACAGAGAGAGGAACAGAACUGGGAACAGAGAGAGGAACAGACAGGGGAACAGAGAGAGGAACAUACAGGGGACAGAGAGAGAAACAACAGGGGGAACAGAGAAGGGACAGAGAGAGGAACAGACAGGGGACAAGAGAGGACAUCAGGGGAACAGCGAGAGGAACAUACAGGGGAACAGAGAGAGGAACAGACAGGGGAACAGAGAGAGGAACAGACAGGGGAACAGAGAGAGGAACAGACAGGGGAACAGAGAGAGGAACAGACAGGGGAACAGAGAGAGGAACAGACAGGGGAACAGACAGGGGAACAGAGAGAGGAACAGACAGGGGAACAGAGAGAGGAACAGACAGGGGAACAAGAGAGGAACAGAGGGGAACAGAGAGAGGAACAUACAGGGGAACAGAGAGAGGAACAACAGGGGAACAGAGAGAGGAACAGACAGGGGAACAGACAGGGGAACAGAGAGAGGAACAGACAGGGGAACAAAGAGAGGAACAGACAGGGGAACAGAGAGAGGAACAGACAGGGGAACAGAGAGAGGAACAGACAGGGGAACAGAGAGAGGAACAUACAGGGGAACAGAGAGAGGAACAGACAGGGGAACAGACAGGGGAACAGAGAGAGGAACAUGCAGGGGAACAGAGAGAGGAACAGACAGGGGAACAGAGAGAGGAACAUACAGGGGAACAGAGAGAGGAACAGACAGAGGAACAGACAGGGGAACAGAGAGAGGAACAGACAGGGGAACAGAGAGAGGAACAGACAGGGGAACAGAGAGAGGAACAGACAGGGGAACAGAGAGAGGAACAGACAGGGGAACAGCGAGAGGAACAGAGAGAGGUACAGAGAGAGGAACAGACAGGGGAACAGAGAGAGGAACAGACAGGGGAACAGACAGGGGAACAGAGAGAGGAACAUACAGGGGAACAGCGAGAGGAACAUACAGGGGAACAGAGAGAGGAACAUACAGGGGAACAGAGAGAGGAACAGACAGGGGAACAGAGAGAGGAACAGACAGGGGAACAGAGAGAGGAACAUACAGGGGAACAGAGAGAGGAACAGACAGAGGAACAGACAGGGGAACAGAGAGAGGAACAGACAGGGGAACAGAGAGAGGAACAGACAGGGGAACAGAGAGAGGAACAGACAGGGGAACAGAGAGAGGAACAGACAGGGGAACAGCGAGAGGAACAGAGAGAGGUACAGAGAGAGGAACAGACAGGGGAACAGAGAGAGGGACAGAGAGGAACAGACAGAGGAACAGACAGAUGAACAGACAGGGGAACAGAGAGGGAACAGAGGGCUUUCAGUAACAUAGGAUUCAUUAUUCACACACACUGAUGAGGAGUGAACUCGUGGUAUUCAUUUUUGCCCCACGGAAAAUUAGUAGAGCGGAGAAAAGUGGAGGACCGUUUGCGUGUGUGCCCUUUAAAUGCUCUUAGCCUAAAAUAUAUAUUAUCUGACUCUCGAGUUAACUUUACUCACCUGAGUUCUCCCCUGUUGAGGUCAGGCAUGGCCUGCGGAUCACAGAACGCAUCCCAGGGAGCGGCCCAGGCCAAACUAAUCAAAGGCAGAUCAGUGGUAGAUUAGCCGGUCGGGCUCGACCUCCAGGUUUACCCAGAAUUAAAUUAAGGCUUGGUUAAUGACUGGGAGCACUGGAAAACAGUUAUUUGGACUGCUCCGCAGCCGAGCUGAUUGAAUUCUGAGGUUGCUGCGAGCAAUGGUGGAAUAGAAUCCUCUGAGCCAGGGUUAUCCCUGCCAGAGAGGGAGGAGAGUACCUGGAUAGAAGAGCCAUACACUCUGCCUACACACUUACACACACACACACACACACACACACACACACACACACACACACACACACAAACAAAGAGAGAGACAGAGGCACACACAGAUACACACAGACACACACACACAAACACAUUAAGUUGAAGUCGGAAGUUGACAUACACCUUAGCCAAAUCAAUUUUUCACAAUUUCUGACAUUUAAUCCUUGUAAAAAUUCCCUGUCUUAGGAUCACCACUUUAUUUUAAGAAUGUGAAAUGUCAGAAUAAUAGUAGAGAGAAUGAUUUAUUUCAGCUUUUAUUUCUUUCAUCACAUUCCCAGUGGGUCAGAAGUUUACAUACACUCAAUUAGUAUUUGGUAGCAUUGCCUUUAAAUUGUUUAACUUGGGUCAAACUUUUUGGGUAGCCUUCCACAAGCUUCCCACAAUAAGUUGGGUGAAUUUUGGCCCAUUCCUCCUGACAGAGCUGGUGUAACUGAGUCAGGUUUGUAGUCCUCCUUGCUCGCACAUGCUUUUUCAGUUCUGCCCACACAUUUUCUAUAGGAUUGAGGUCAGGGCUUUGUGAUGGCCACUCCAAUACCUUAACUUUGUUGUCCUUAAGCCAUUUUGCCACAACUUUGGAAGUAUUCUUGGGGUCAUUGUCCAUUUGGAAGACCCAUUUGCGACCAAGCUUUAACUUCCUGACUGAUGUCUUGAGAUGUUGCUUCAAUAUAUCCACAUAAUUUUCCUUCCUCAUGAUGCCAUCUAUUUUGUGAAGUGCACCAGUCCCUACUGCAGCAAAGCACCCCAACAGCAUGAUGCUGCCACCCCCGUGCUUCAUGGUUGGGAUGGUGUUCUUCGGCUUGCAAGCAUCCCCCUUUUUCCUCCAAACAUAACGAUGGUCAUUAUGGCCAAACAAUUCCAUUUUUGUUUCAUCAGACCAGAGGACAUUUCUGAAAAAAGUACCAUCUUUGUCCCCAUGUGCAGUUGCAAACCAUAGUCUGGCUUUUUUAUGGUGGUUUUGGAGCAGUGGCUUCUUCCUUGCUGAGAGGCCUUUCAGGUUAUGUCAAUAUAGGCCUCGUUUUACUGUGGAUAUAGAUACUUUUGUACCUGUUUCCUCCAGCAUCUUCACAAGGUCUUUUGCUGUUGGUCUGGGAUUGAUUUGCACUUUUCGCACCAAAGUACGUUAAUCUCUAGGAGACAGAACGUGUCUCCUUCCUGAGCGGUAUGACGGCUGCGUGGUCCCAUGGUGUUUAUACAUGCGUACUAUUGUUUGUACAGAUGAACGUGGUACUUUCAGGCGUUUGGAAAUUGCUACCAAGGAUGAACCAGACUUGAGGAGGUCUACAGUGUUUUUUCUGAGGUCUUGGCUGAUUUCUUUUGAUUUUCCCAUGAUGUCAAGCAAGGAGGCAGUGAGUUUGAAGGUAGGCCUUGAAAUACAUCCACAGGUACACCUCCAAUUGACUCAUAUUAUGUCAAUUAGCCUAUCAGAAGCUUUUAAAGCCAUGACAUAAUUAUCUGAAAUUUUCCAAGCUGUUUAAAGGCACAGUCAACUUAGUGUAUGUAAACUUCUGACCCACUGGAAUUGUGAUACAGUGAAUUAUAAGGGAAAUAAUCAGUCUGUAAACUAUUGUCGGAAAGAUUACUUUUGUCAUGCACAAAGUCGAUGUCCUAACUGACUUGACAAAACUAUAGUUUGUUAAUAAGACAUUUGUGGAGUGGUUGAAAAACGAGUUUUAAUGACUCCAACCUAAGUGUAUGUAAACUUCAGAAUUCAACUGUACAUACAUAAACACACACACACAGAGAGACACACACACACAUUAUUUUGCCAGUGGAGACUUUUUAAAUGACAUUCCCUGUCCUUACCAUUCAGAGAAUAUUGAAUCUGGAAUAUUCAGUUCAGUGCAAUAAACAUCUAUCCAAUAAGUAGAAUAACUCAGGUUACUAAAUCAUCUUCCCAUAUGGGUUCUCUCUCACUGGCAGUGACACACUAUGAUUCCACUGCUCACUUCACAGUCCUCACAACUGUCUGAAUAACAUACGGCCUCUGCAUUGUUUCCUGUUCCCUGAUGCCCUGAUGUGUGUGUGUGUGUGUGUGUACGUGUGUGUGUGUGUGUGUGUGUGUGUGUGUGUGUGUGUGUGUGUGACCCUAGGAGUGUCGUCCGAAGCAGUGGCGGGCCUCCGUCCUCCAGAGGAGAGAUACUCUGUCUAUCAGAGAGGUCAAGGAAGACGACAUCGGCAACUACACCUGUGAGGUCACCUUCGGGGGCUUCGUGGUACGCCGGACCACCGAGCUCACUGUCACAGGUAAGAUGGAGUGAGGAAUGCAGGGGUGUACUCGUUUAGGAUAUUACUUCUUCGUUCUGCAGCGCUGUUCUGCUUUUUCACUUUUCUCCAUUCUACUUUUUUUGCGAUAGUGUUGUAUAUUGGUUGUAGGAGAUUCUCUCUGUCUCACACACACACACACGCGAACACCAACAAGAUCUUAUAGUUUCCCUUUGAAAUUCGACAUAUUAUGGAUGAACAUCUAUUUUGGACGCAUUAAUUUCGUGUGGUUACACAGUUAAUUGCGCAUAUUUACACGGUUAAUUAUGCGUGAUUACAGGGUUAAAACAGAAAUAAGUCAGAGGUUAACACACAAACAUCUCUCUACAGUGAUGUGGCCUCCUGCUGGUGUGUUAAUUGCUGUUGGAGCGUUGGUCCAUAAUGCAUCUCUUGGUCCAGAUCAGCACUUUGGCCAGCUGAGCACUGAGGCUGAGCCGCUUCCACACAGAGAGUUACAGAGCCAGGACCAAGGUCAGGGACAAAAACACACGCUUACAUACACACAUACUGUACACACACACGUUUGCAAGCACACACACUUGCAUGCAUGCAUUCACACACACACAAACAGACACACACAAACACACACUUACGAAAGUCCGCUGCACAUGUACACUCUCUGCACACUGAGACACAGAAACACACACCAACACUCAGUCAGCCUUAGCUGCAGGGUGAGUUCCAGGGUUGAGGGCAUGCUCUGCUCGGAGCAGCCCAGGUGCAUGCUCCGCUGGCUGGGCAUGAGGCAGUGGAGCGCGGGGCCCUGCUGGUUCAACUGUGCUGAUUAGGGUGGAUGGAAAGGUUAAAUUCUGUUUUUCUUUCUCUCUCUCUCGUUCUCUUUCUUUCCCCUUUUUGCUCUGUAUCUGUUUUCUCUCCUUGUCCUCUCUCUCUCUCUCUACGACUGGUAGGUCGUGACUGGCUUGGUUUGUUCUGUGAAAACGGGGAAUCAGAAGUGUCCCUAGCAGCUAAAUGAGUCAGGCUGUGUAGACCUAACACAGUUUCCCUAGGCCUGGUUGAAAGCCUGUGUAUUUCAGUGUAGAUCUCUGUGUCCAUAUCUCUCUCUGUAUCCUGAUAUUUAUUAGGCGGUAUACCCUAAAUACCGUAUGCUGGGGUGUUUGGAAAUAACCACGGGAUGUUUUUUCAAUACCGUCAAUACCGUUGAAACUAUUUCUUUGAAGUUUUUUUAAUUCAUUUGAAUAUUUGUAUCUACUUUUUAAGUAAAUACCUGCUGUCAACUUGUGCAAUACAUUAGGAGAUUGCGUUCUUCAUUUCACCUGUCACAUAAUUUUUCAUUAUGAAGCUUACCGUUAGUCCCCAGUCACGUGGUGUUUGAUUACAAGCACACAAUAAUGAGAGACCAGAGCUUUGUGAGUCACUCACUGUUGUGCAGCACGCGUCAUGUGAUCUAGUUACAGUAUGGAAUUCACAACUUAAUGUUUGCUAGCUAGAUAUCUUAGAGCUAUUAAGUUAACUGUCUAAAAUGUGCUAAAUGCUCUGCAGUUGAGCAUUUGGUUUGGUAAUUUAGUAGCUAGUUAGCUGUCUAGCUAAUUGGUUAGCUUCUUCCAAAAUCAAGCUUCACUUGGUAACAGCAGAGAAUCCCCUCAUGGAUCAAGAGCCUUGCUGUCUAAUAUUUGUUUAGUGCAUUCAGCAAACUGUGAGUAGCAUUUUUUAGUUACUUGUAUAACUUUAUGAGCUGGGAUGUCUGUCCUGCAAAUAGUUUAGGUCAGAGACUGUAUAAAAUGUUUGCAAUAAAUUCGUUAGCAUUUAGUUAGCAUUCUCUAUGGCAUUUGACAUGUACUUGUUAGCAUUGCUAACCUUUGGAUUACAGAGGUUCAGUAGGGUUUGAAAAAAGCGUCCCUUCUGUUCAGAGCCGGUAUUACCCAAGAUAUCCCGGGAUGGCACAAGGUCAGUAUGAAAGUAUGACAAUCUGGGUACGGCCCAAGCCUACUGGUCAUUGCUCUUGUGCGAUGCAGUACAGUAGGAAACAAGUCGCCGCUCCUAUCUCACUGAGAUGGAACAAGGAGAAAACACUUCUCCUCCAACAAGACCUCCUGUUGGACAAGGCUGGGGCGUGAUCCCGGAAGCAAAAUAGAUACACGACAACUCCCUUUAUCACCACUCACAUCACGGCUGUGUGUGUGACUGUGUAUGUGUGUUCACGUGCUCGUGUGUGUGUGUGUGUGUGUGUGUGUGUGUGUUUGUGUCGUACUGUAUGUUCAGCACUGUUUUUUCUCCACGCCGGAGUGCUUGUGUGUUGAUUUAUUUCUACUGUGUGUACAGUGUGUACUGUAGAGUAUGUGAUGUGUAUGUGUGUGUGUGUCUCUCUGUGUUUGUUUGUUAGCAUGUCCAUGUAAUGGUUGAGGCCAUAAAAACUUUAUGGAGGUUAUAAAUACAGAGCAUCCUGCCUAAUGACAUAGAAGAGGGAGAGAGAGAGGGAGAGAGAGCAGGAGAGAGGGAGGGAGAGAGAGAGAGAGAGAGAGAGAAGAGAGAGAGGAGUGAGAGAGCAGUAGAGGAGAGAGAGAGGAGAGAGAGAGCCAGAGAGAUAGAGAGAGAGAGAGAGUAGGAGAGAGAUAGAGAGAAGAGAGAGAGAGAGAGAUGUUGACAGGGAUGCAGUUUAAGCCCCACCCUCUUCAACAUAUAUAUCAACGAAUUGGCGAGGGCACUAGAACAGUCUGCAGCACCCGGCCUCACCCUACUAGAAUCUGAAGUCAAAUGUCUACUGUUUGCUGAUGAUCUGGUGCUUCUGUCACCAACCAAGGAGGGCCUACAGCAGCACCUAGAUCUUCUGCACAGAUUCUGUCAGACCUGGGCCCUGACAGUAAAUCUCAGUAAGACAAACAUAAUGGUGUUCCAAAAAAGGUCCAGUUGCCAGGACCACAAAUACAAAUUCCAUCUAGACACCGUUGCCCUAGAGCACACAAAAAAUGAUACAUACCUCGGCCUAAACAUCAGCGCCACAGGUAACUUCCACAAAGCUGUGAACGAUCUGAGAGACAAGGCAAGAAGGGAUUUUUAUGCCAUCAAAAGGAACAUAAAAUUUGACAUACCAAUUAGGAUCUGGCUAAAAAUACUUGAAUCAGUUAUAGAAUCCAUUGCCCUUUAUGGUUGUGAGGUCUGGGGUCUGCUCACCAACCAAGAUUUCACAAAAUGGGACAAACACCAAAUUGAAACUCUGCAUACAGAAUUCUGCAAAAAUAUCCUCAGUGUACAACGAAAAACACCAAAUAAUGCAUGCAGAGCAGAAUCAGGCCGAUACCCGCUAAUUAUCCAAAUCUAGAAAUGAGACGUUAAAUUCUACAACCACUUAAAAGGAAGCGAUUCCCAAACCUUCCAUAACAAAGCCAUCACCUACAGAGAGAUGAACUUGGAGAAGAGUCCCCUAAGUAAGCUGGUCCUGGGGCUCUGUUCACAAACAGACCCCACAGAGCCCAAGGACAACAACAACACAAUUAGACCCAACCAAAUCAUGAGAAAACAAAAAGAGAAUUACUUGACACAUUGGAAAGAUUUAUCAAAAAAACUGAGCAAACUAGAAUUCUAUUUGGCCCUAAACAGAGAGUACACAGUGGCAGAAUACCUGACCACUGUGACUGACCCAAACUUAAGGAAAGCUUUGACUAUGUACAGACUCAGUGAGCAUAGCCUUGCGAUUGUGAAAGGCCGCCGUAGGCAGACCUGGCUCUCAAGAGAAGACAGGCUAUGUGCACACUGCCCACAAAAUCAGGUGGAAACUGAGCUGCACUUCCUAACCUCCUGCCAAAUGUAUGACCAUAUUAGAGACACAUAUUUCCCUCAGAUUACAGCGAUCCACAAAGAAUUCGAAAACAAACCCAAUUUGGAUAAACUCCCUUAUCUACUGGGUGAAAACCACAGUGUGCCAUCACAGCAGCAAGAUUUGUGACCUGUUGCCACAAGAAAAGGGCAACCAGUGAAGAACAAACACCAUUGUAAAUACAACCCAUAUUUAUGUUUAUUUAUUUUCCCAUUUGUACUUUAACUAUUUGCACAUUGUUACAACACUGUAUAUACACAUAAUAUGACAUUUGAAAUGUCUUUAAUCUUUUGGAACUUCAGUAGUUUUAAUGUUUACUGUUAAUAUUAUUGUUUAUUUACUUUUGUUUACAUAUCUACUUACUACUUCACUUGCUUUGGCAAUGUUAACAUAUGUUUCCCAUGGCCAAUAAAGACCUUAAAUUUAAUUGAUUGAAAUUCAAGAGAGAGAGAGAGAGAGAGAGAGAGAGAGAGAGAGAGAGAGAGAUGAGAGAGAGAGAGAGAGUAGGGAGGGGAGAGAGGAAUGAGAGGGAUGGGGGAGAGAGGGGAGAGAAGGGGGGAGGGAGGGAGAGGCGAGAGGAGGAGGAGUGUAGGUAGGGCGAGGAUGGGAGGGAGGGAUCGGGUGAUAGACGUUAGGUUACGUUGACAGAAGAUCGAGAUGAGGAAGGAUGCCAAGAGAAGAUGAGGACGAGAGAGAGAGAGAGACGGAUGAGGGUGAGAGAACAGGAGAGAGAGAGACAUGGGGCAGAGAGAUGGAGAUAGAGAAUUGCAGGAGGGUCGGGUUUGAGGGGGAGGGAGAAGUAAGGAAGCAAGCAAAGUGUUCCAUGUAACAUACUAUAGCACUUUGUUUCUUCCACUGUCCCUCUUUCUCCCUCUUUUUGUGUCAGUGUAGAGGUUAAGAGUUAACGCUCUCAUCCUCUGUGUAUGUCUGCCUAGUUACAGCUCCUAGGUUCUGACACAAAACAUGCUGGGCUCAUAGGAGGAACUAGAAGCCUUCUGAAAUUACACUUCAGUCAAAUGAACUGUCAACACACACACACACACACACACACACACAUUUACAACUGCCUGAGGACCCUCUCUACGUGUUCACAGUAAUGGAGUGUCAGUGACUCAUCAAAAACAUGGGGGAAGUAAUUUUUGUGACACACAGGUCUGAGAGUGAGGUGUGUUCCCUAUCCUAUCCUAACCUGACAAAAUACAUGAUCGUGGAUCAGUUGUUUUGGGUAACUAAACUCUGACCACAAAGCUCUAUUUAUCCUAGAAGUGUUAGUGAAAUCUUUACAACAAACAAGCACAUCUCCAGUCCUGCUGAUUUUCCAUGGUAGUUAAAUGAUUGAUUAAUGUUUCUGAUUUGCUCACCACUCACCUGGUGUCCCAGGUCUGAAUCAGUCCCUGAUUAGAGGGGAAGGAUGGACAAUAGCAGUGCUGUGGCCCUCAAGAUCCAUAGUGGAAUCCUCCAGUCUAAAAGCAACGGCAGGGUUUCACCUGUGUUCUCCAUGAAGGGUUGCAUUACUGCUUGUUUUUGCUUUGCCUUACAUUAUUAAUUGGUAUAAUUUAUUGGCCAGAGAUUUCCCAUACCUGGUUCUCCAGAGUGUUAAACACAAGGCUGUGAUCCAGAAGAUUAUGCAUCCUUACUGCACCAGAUACAGUAUAUGCACCACUGUUUUACCAGCCAUGUCACCCAUGAAACAAGUCAGUAUUCACGUACACAUGGACGGACGUCAGGAGAUUACAUGGAAACCAGCCGCUACGGGCAACAGUAAGCACUGUUACCUUCAAAUAGGUUUAGGUUUUGCUAAGGCGUUGUGCACGGGGAUGGCGGAUGCUUGCUAAGGCGUUGUGGACAGGGAUGGUGGAUGGGUGUAAGCAUCUGCCUCUGGUGCCAAAGGUUGCAUGUUUGAAUUUUUGUUUUAAGCCUAUCCCCAAACCUUAACCCUUACCUUAACCAUUCGGAGUUAAUGCCUAACCGUAAGAUUUCGGAGUUAAUGCCUAAACUUAACCCUAACCUUAAAAAUUCAGAGUUAAUGCCUAAACUUAACCUUAACACUUUGAAAUUUUAUGUUUGGAACAACUUUGAAAUUUGACAUUUGAGAAACAUGGAUGAACGUCUAAUUCUGACGUGAGACUGUGAGAGCUAGUUGCCAUUACACCAACCCACAAAGACAAGGAAUCUAUGGUCGUCAGGCCUAUGUCAUCAGCUCUCUAUUAAACCUACCACUCUAUACCAUAGGACCAUUCCAGCUUAUUAAAAGACUGUACCAUUAAGCCACUUGCACUAUUAAAUCCAUACCACAGGGCUAGAAUUAGAUUAGCUCAUUUCAGCUGUAGGGUGUAGGGUUGUUUCCCUUAUUAAAGGUAACCCAUCUUCCUCUCAAGUGGGCGUGAGAUUAUCUACCUUUUAUCACUUCCUGAUAAAACCGCCACAUCCCGGACAGCAAGAGUAAAAGGCCAAACUUCAUCUGGCGGACUAAUGUUAUAGUUUAUUUAAUAGGCAAGGAGGAUAGAGGAGGUCAUUAAGUUUAACUGGUCUUAAACACAGCGCAAUACAGACUUUCCCUCUGCUGUGACCCUAGACUGAUCUGGAGACAGUGUACGUGUGUGGGUAUGUUUUUAUUUUUUACAAGGUACGUUUACUGAGAACACAUUCUCAUUUACAGCAACGACCUGGGGAAUAGUUACAGGGGAGAGGAAGGGGGAUGAAUGAGCCAAUUGGAAGCUGGGGAUGAUUAGGUGGCCGUGAUGGUAUGAAGGCCAGAUUGGGAAUUUAGCCAGGACACUGGGGUUAACACCCCUACUCUUACGAUAAGAUCCACUGGAUCUUUAGUGACCACAGAGAGUCAGGACACCCGUUUAACGUCCCAUCCGAAAGACAGCACCCUACAAAGGGCAAUGUCCCCAAUCGCUGCCCUGGGGUAUUGGGAUAUUUUUUUAGACCAGAGGAAAGAGUGCCACCUACUGGCCCUCCAACACCACUUCCAGCAGCAUCUGGUCUCCCAUCCAGGACCAACCCUGCUUAGCUUCAGAGGCAAGUCAGCCUCUACUGUGUUUGUGUGUUUGUGUGUGUGUGUAUGUGUGUGUGUGUGUGUGUGUGUGUGUGUGUGUGUGUGUUUGUGUAUGUGUGUGUGUGUGUGUGUGUGUGUGUGUGUGUGUGUGUGUGUGUGUGUGUUGUGUGUGUGUGUGUGUGUGGUGUGUGUGUGUGUGUGUGUGUGUGUGUGUGUGUGUGUGUGUGUGUGUGUGUGUUUGUGUGUGUGUGUGUGUGUGUGUGUGUGUGUGUGUGUGUGUGUGUUUGUGUGUGGGUGUGGGUUGUGUGUGUGUACUAUACUGUAGGUGUGUGUCCAUUUUUUCCCUUUGCUGUGACCCUGCCUUAUUCUGAACCAGGCUAUGGAGGUUAACACAGACACACCAUCAGGAUUUAUCCAGGGUAAUAAAACACUCGGACACUGGGUCCACCUCAGCCUAAUAUACUUCCUGCUCUGUGUCAGGGACUAUGUAAACAGCCUUAUCUCUCUCCCAGGGUGGGGAUUCAGAGGCCCAGAAGAAGAUAUACUGUUUAAUAUGUAUAUUCAUAUAAUUUUCACCUCCAUAGCCAUGCAACAACUAGUGCCCUGUAAAGAGAGGAUAUUGUUCUGUACUACUAGAAUAGACCCUGGUGUGUGUGUCUGUGUAUGCUUGAGUGCAUACGUGUGGGUGUAGAGACGGUGUGUGUGUGUGUGUGUGUGUGUGUGCGUGUGUGUGCGCGGGUGUGUGUGUGUUGAGCAAUACUCUGAAUGAUUUCUAUUCUUUUCUCCCAGGCCUCAUCGCAGAGCUGGGA